AUGGCUGGUGGUAUCCCUUUACCUUCAGAUGAUGACAACAGAGGUCCUUUUGAACAGGCUCGAAACUGGUUUAAUAAGAAAUGGAAUGGGGAUCAAGACGAAAACACUCCAUUAUUAGAUGGGCAAAGAGGAACAGUCAAUCCUCCUCGGCGCACAACCUUCCGUAUUAUUGUCACAAUUACUGCCUUUGUUUUAGCUCUUAUUGCUUUGGGUGUCACAAUCGCUCUUUGGUUUGAUCAUGAUGAUAAGCGAGUAUCAAAGCCAAAUCCUCCUAGCCUAGUCAAUUCUGAGAGAAUUAUGCUUGAAUUACCUUCUAAUGAUAGCAUUCGUGAAUAUUUAAAAAUUUACACCUCAGAAGCCCAUCUAGCAGGAACAGAAAAUGACAAGAAGCAGGCUGAAUGGACACGCGAUCAAUUCAUGGGCUUUGGACUUGAUGCCAAGACUGAAACAUAUUAUCCUCUUUUAAAUUACCCUAUUUCUCAUCGCUUAGCACUUGUUUCUGGACCUAAGCAUUUGCGUUUUGAGGCCAAAUUGACCGAGGAUCCCGUGGAUGAAGACGAAACAAGCAGAGACCCUAACGUAAUUCCUACUUUCCAUGGCUAUUCCAAGAAUGGUACUGUGACUGGUCGUGUUGUUUAUGCAAAUUAUGGUCGUCUUGAAGACUUUGAAUUUUUGAAACAGAAGGGUAUUAAUCUGAAUGGUACUAUUGCUCUUGUUCGUUAUGGAGGAUCUUUCCGUGGUCUUAAAGUAAGAGCUGCUGAAGUCUAUGGUUGUGUUGGUGCCUUAAUUUAUUCAGACCCUAUUGAUGACGGACCAUUGAAUAAGGAUGAAACCAAUAAUCCUGCUGAGUCUUAUCCAAAGGGUCCAUGGCGAUCAAAGAGCUCUGCACAGAGGGGAUCUGUACAAUACUUGUCAUUGCUAGCUGGCGAUCCAUUAACUCCAGGGUAUGCUGCUACUAAAGACGCUGUUCGUAUCAAACCCGAGGAAUCUAUCGGACUUGCCAAGAUCCCAUCUUUACCCUUAUCAUGGGAAGACGCUCUACCUCUUUUAAAAGCUACACAAGGACUAGGUGUUUACGGAGAUAGUGACUGGAAAGGUGGCCUUGAAGAAGUCGACUAUUUCAGUGGUCCUACUGAAGGAGAAGUUAUCUUGACAAAUCAUGUUGAAAACAAAAUUACGCCUAUCUGGGAUGUUACAGCUCGUAUUGAAGGUACAGACGAGCCUGAUAAGACUAUCAUCUUAGGUAACCACCGUGAUGCUUGGGUUUAUGGUGCUGUUGAUCCUUCUUCUGGUUCUGCUGCUCUUUUAGAAUUGGCACGUGUCCUGGGUGAGCUUUUGAAAACUGGAUGGCGCCCUAGACGUACUAUCAUCUUAGCUUCCUGGGAUGGCGAAGAAUAUGGCCUUGUAGGAUCUACAGAAUGGGUUGAAGAUCACAGAGAAUGGCUUAAUAAGGAGGGAGCUGUCUAUAUCAAUGUGGAUACUGCUGUAUCUGGUCCUAAUUUCUUGUCAGAAGCCUCUCCUUCUCUCAGUAGACUCUUGUAUCAAGUAACUUCCGAAAUCACUGAUCCUAACACCGGCAAGUCAGUAUAUGAAGCAUGGUCUGCUACUGCCAAGACAUCUCCUCCUCCAGUAGGUCAGUUAGGUUCUGGUAGUGAUUUUGUUGGUUUCUUAGAUCACGUCGGUAUUGCCAGUGUCAACUUGCAUUUCAAUGGCGACUAUGGUGUUUACCACAGCAAUUAUGACAGUUUCCACUGGAUGGAAAAGUUUGGUGAUCCUCAAUUCCUUUACCACCAAACCCUUGUCAAGAUUUGGGGCUUACUUACUUUGCGUCUUGCUGACUCUACCAUCAUUCCUCUUUAUCCUUCAGACUAUUAUAAAGAACUUCGAAAAUACUCUGAAAGUUUGACUUCAUCUGCUUCUCCACAUAGCUUCCCUCGUUUGGAUAGUGCUCUUGACACAUUAGAAAAGACAACACGUCGUUUUGAACGUCGUAGACAACGACUCGAAAAGCGUCUUCAAGAUUCUUCUGUACAUACAGAUUCCAACUUGUUGAAACGCAUCAACCAAGCCAACAAUCGCCUUACAUUUUUUGAACGUGGAUUUAUUGAUCAAGAAGGUCUCAAGGGACGCGAAUGGUUCAAACAUGUCGUAUAUGCUCCUGGAUUAUGGACUGGUUAUUCUUCUCAAGUCUUCCCUGCUAUUGCAGAGAGUAUUGCUAAUCAUGAUUAUGUUCGUGUCCGCCAAGCAGAAGAGCAUGUUGCUGCUGCCAUUCGCGAAGCUUCUGAGCGAUUGAAAGACGAUUAUUAA